UGAAGCAACAGAGACAACUGUGAAUGGCAGGGAGGGGCCCUCAGAUCCCUGUUGCCACUUCCUGGGAUAGAACCCUACAGAGCCCCUAUGCUGCCCCUGCCCUGGCUGAACUCCCAGCAGCCUCCCCACUGUACUGAAGUCCACAGUCACAGAGCAGACUCUUCUGGCCCCAAAGGAACUGGGCAGCGUUUUUCAGGACCAUGGUUGGACUAAAGCCUUCAGAAGUGCCUCCCACAACGGCUGUGAAGUUCCUGGGGGCGGGCACAGCAGCCUGUUUUGCUGACCUCCUUACCUUUCCGCUGGACACAGCUAAGGUCCGCCUACAGAUCCAAGGGGAGAACCAGGCAGCCCAGGCGGCCCUGGGUGUGCAGUACCGUGGUGUGCUGGGCACCAUCCUGACCAUGGUGCGCACUGAGGGCCCCCGCAGCCCCUACAACGGGCUGGUUGCCGGCCUGCAGCGCCAGAUGAGCUUUGCCUCCAUCCGCAUUGGCCUCUAUGACUCGGUCAAGCAGUUCUAUACACCCAAAGGAGCAGAACACUCCAGUGUCACUACCCGGAUUUUGGCGGGUUGCACCACAGGGGCCAUGGCAGUAACCUGCGCCCAACCCACGGAUGUGGUGAAGAUCCGAUUUCAAGCCAGUGUGCACCUCGGGCCCGGGAGUGACAGGAAAUACGGUGGGACUAUGGAUGCCUACAGAACCAUUGCCAGGGAGGAAGGGCUCAGGGGCCUGUGGAAAGGAACUUUUCCCAACAUCACAAGGAAUGCCAUUGUCAACUGUGCUGAGAUGGUGACCUAUGACAUCAUCAAGGAGAAGCUGCUGGACUAUCGCCUAUUCACAGACAACUUCCCUUGCCACUUUGUCUCUGCCUUUGGAGCUGGCUUCUGUGCCACAGUGGUGGCCUCCCCAGUGGAUGUGGUGAAGACCCGGUAUAUGAACUCCCUACCAGGCCAGUACCGCAGCCCCCUGGACUGUAUGCUAAAGAUGGUAGCCCAGGAGGGCCCCACAGCCUUCUACAAGGGAUUUACACCCUCCUUCUUGCGUUUGGGAACCUGGAAUGUGAUGAUGUUCGUAACCUAUGAGCAGCUGAAACGGGCCUUGAUGAAAGUCCAGAUGUUACGAGAAUCUCCUUUUUGAACAAGACAAGAAAGCGACUGGUACUUAACUUGCUUGAAACCAGUUAAGAAUGGAAUAGAACAGUCGAUCCAUAUACAUGUGGACACAGACUACACAUGUUUACAGAACUGUUUACUUGUUGCUGAUUCAAGAAACAGAAGUAGAAGAGGAAGAAUUCUGGUCUUCAGUGCUUUAUCUUAAGCAUGCUUUUGCACCGACAAGAUGGAAAUAAAUUAUAUUAAUUUUUGAAAACCAUUUGGCAUGCCUAACAUUUAGGCAAGAGAAACCAAAUGAAUCCAUUUGGAUACAGCAGAAGUUUGCAAAUUUGUCUCCUCCAUAAAAUCUGAUCAGACAAUGAAUUAUAAGCAGGAAUGACUGUAAGCCUGGGACAGGAGUGGCCCACAACACAGUUGGAAAUCAGCCAAGGAGUCUAGAAGGAUGCUUCCAAAGCACCACAAAGAUUGUGACUGCAGGCCUCGCGGUCACACGUGGAUCAUAAGCCUUUUUGUAAUGUGUCUGCCGUGUAGAAUCCACUGGGAUUCUACGAAAUCUGAGAAACAGAAGAAAGCCUAGAACCUGUGCCAAAGAAGCUGUGAUGAGAAUCUGGAGAAUCAAGAGGGCACCCUUAGUCCUUUUCCUGUAAAAUGGGUUGAUAAUCCCUCCCCUACCUACCUCACCAGGGUGAAGAUCCCAUGAGAAGCUGGGUAUAAAGGCACUUUAUAAAAGAAAAAGCUCUGUACACACGUAAAUAGAAGGAUGCUGUCUUGGGAGACAUUUUGUCAGGACAAAGAGGAACUGCCAGAGGCAGCACCUGUGGCUCAGUGAAAAGGGCGCCGGCCCCAUAUGCUGAGGGUGGUGGGUUUGAGCCUGGCCCCGGCCAAACUGCAACAAAAAAAAAAUAGCCGGGCGUUGUGGCAGGCACCUGUAGUCCCAGCUCCUCGGGAGGCUGAGACAACAGAAUUGCCUAAGCCCAGGAGCUGGAGGUUGCUGUGAGCUGUGACGUCACAGCACUCUACUGAGGGCGAUAAAGACUCUGCUUUAAAAAAAAAAAAAAAAAAAGAGGAAUUGCCAGAGAAUAAGUUUUUGAAAGAUACAAUUGUCUACAAGUAAGACCAAAGGGGCCAGGAGUGACAAAAGAUGACAUGAAUCUGCAGGCCUUACUCCCUGGCUCGAUUGUGAGCACCUUGAAGGGUUGUGGUACUUGGGGAAAAAGAGGUAGAUGCCAGACCGACAGCCUACACUAGCAGGACUCAGAAUGUUUGGAAAAUUAUUAUGACUCAAUAAAGGAAUUCACACCUCCAGUGGGGGAUGAGAACAACUGCUUUCUGUCUUCUCUUUCUUAAACAGAAACUUCUGGCUUGGUGCCCAUAGCUCAGUGGUUACAAUGCCGGCCACAUACACCAGGGCUGGUGGGUUCAAACCCAGCCUGGGCCUGCUGAGCAACAAUGACAACUGCAACAAAAAAAAAAAUAGCCGAGUGUUGUGGCGGGCGCCUGUAGCCCCAGCUACGUGAGAGGCUGAGGCAAGAGAAUCACUUAAGUCCAAGAGUUUGAAGUUGCUGUGAGCUGUGAUGUUACUGCCCUCUACAGGCUAUGUAGUGAGACUCUGUUUCAAAAAAAAAAAAAAAAGUUAAACAGAAAUUUCUGUUCUCACUUCAGGUUCCUAUUUUUCAGGGUUGGACCAAAUCUGGCCCCACACAGUUACCCUUUCUUCUGCCUGCUCUGACCCAUUUUGUUUUUUGUUUUUUUGAGACAGAGCCUCAAGCUGUCGCCCUGGGUAGAGUGCCAUGGCAUCAUAGCUCACAGGAACCUUCAACUCCUGGGCUUAAGUGAUUCUCCUGCCUCCACCUCCCAAGUAGCUGAAACUACAGGCACCCACCACAACGCCGGGCUAUUUUUUGAUUGCAAAUGUCAUUGUUGUUUGCCGGGCCUGGGAUGGAUUUGAACCCGCCAGCUCAGGUGUAUGUGGCUGGCGCCUUAGCCGUUUGAGCCACAGGCACCGCCUGACUCAUUUUGAUUGCAGGAAAAAAUCACUCUACCUUUUAGGGCUUCAGCUCCUCCACUGCAAAAGGCAGGGUUGAACCACACAACUUCCAAGCUUAAGACCACAUGUCUUUCAAACUAAUAAUGGAGACCCAGAAUUCCAGUGUCUUUUUCUUCUUUUUAGCAGCCUUGGGUGGUUCUUUUUUUUUUUUCAGUUUUGGCCAGGGCCAGUCUUAAACCCACCACCCACAGUAUAUGGGGCCAGCACCCUACUCCUUGAGCCACAGGCGCCGCCCCAGGGUGGUUCUGAUGAUAGUCAGAACUAGGUUCAAACCUCACCCCACCCCACCUUCUUGGUGACCUAGCUACUGGGAAUCUUUGCAUCUCAAUGUCCUACCAAAGAAGUAGGAAUAAUAAAUCCUCCCUAGAGGCUUGUUGGGAGGGUUGAUCUAAAGUGCCUUGGAAUACGGAGCUGCUCCUAAUGACAUUCUCUCCUUCCCCACUCUGACUCCUCUGCACCCUGGGAAAAAGCAAAUAUCCAUUCAUCCUUACCUCUUUCUUCUUCUUUUUUUUGUUUUUGAGACAGAGUCUCACUAGAGUGCUAUCGCGUCACAGCUCACAGCAACCUCCAACUCUUGGACUUAGGCGAUCCUCUUGCCUCAGCCUCCUGAGUAGCUAGACUACAGGCACCCACCACAAUGCCCAGCUAUUUUUUGGUGCAAUUUGGCCGGGGCCAGGUUCAAACCCGCCACCCUCGGUAUAUGUGGCUGGCUCCCUACCCACUGAGCGACAGGCACCGUCCCUCACCUCUUUCUUAAAUUUAAAUUAUAACUUGAGAUAAUCCACAUAUGCAAACUGGAUAAAAGCAAAAAGAAAUUGAUUUAAUGUCAGAUUUGUCUUUCAAAUAAAACUCACAUUUAAAAGUU